AUGACGUACACCGACGACCGCAGCAGGGCGUCUCCGCAUGCAGAGUUCAGGCGGCACCCUCAAGUCAUAGAAACUAUGCUGGAUGACCUGGAGGACAAAGUGCGCCACUACUUCCUGUUGUAUGUCAAGGAGAGAAAGCGACGACAAAAAUGCGAAAAAUUUAGCUACUGGAUGCAGCAAGAGAUGGCGACUAAUCGGCGACUGCUGAUGGAGAGCCAGAGCUACGCGGAGUCGCUAGAAGCAAAAAUAGAGGAAAUCCGAGGCGACCCGGAAGCUCUGCGUGACACGGUGCAGAGGGUGGAUCUAAUGUAUGCCCAAAUAGACACUUUGAUUCAGGCCUUCGCAGGGGUGUGCAGUUUUGUGGCAACAAAGGAGGCGGAUAGGCCGACUAUCCUUCAGUGCGUUCUCGACUACCUUUACCCUUGUAGAGCUCUCGACCCUCGACUUAACGCUCUUUACGGCGCUCUGUACUACUACCGGCUGGGCGAAUAUAAAGGGAUGCCUGAGCAGCCUCCACCCCCCCCCGAGCCAAAGUUCAUGCCAUUGCAUGAAAUUAUGGGCCCCUGGAUCCAGCCUUCGCCCUACACUCCGACCCCUACGCCUCCUGUGCACGCAACGAAGUUCGAUGCAGCACUUGCGGCUACUCUCGAGGCUGCCAAAGCCGCUGAGGGGGCCAAGGCUGACGUGCAGCAAACAGCCAAGAAAACUACGGUGGAAAUACAAAAACCGAAAGAGGCCCGCUUGUUGGCAACGAAAACGGCAACGGGGACUGGCGUAGCGAAAGCCGCAUCAACUGAACCCCGGGCCAAGGCUUCGUUGCCCAAACAAGCAGAGGAUGCCUCUGCCGAUGUUGAGCUGACGGGAAUGUCUAUCUUGCUAGAGGAGUUGAGUGCCUUCAAGCGACCUUCAUUGUCUAGGGGAGUAGGUGCCAGGCUGGUAGUUAGAUUUGAUAGCGAAAGCCCCAUGGAAACAAAGAAAAAGCCAGAGCGCUGCGUGAUAGUAGACAAGUGUGACGGGACACCAGGGAGUGAGAGUGCUACCGUGUACUUCCUAGCCAGUCUGUCGCCGUUGCCUGCGAAGAAGCCCGGUGUCGUUCCAAAGAUAUGCAUUGAUAUCUACGACGAGAAAUCGCCAACGGGUCUAGGAAGCGCUCAAAAGACGAUUAUGGACGCAGACACGUUAAAGAAGAGUGCCCCAUGGCAAAUAAAAGACAGCAAAGGGUCUGUACUCGGCCAAAUAACUGUUUCCGUUGCUCCUAUACCUCUCAAUGCGAUGCUGCCAGCUCAAGUCAAGCAAGGAGACGCGGCAACGAAAACGGCAAAGGCUGGGGAGGCCUCUAAGUCCGUGGUAGCGAAAUCCGGAGGAACUGUAACCAAGCCUGAGCUUCCAAAGCCCUCAGCUGCAGUCUCAAAGCCAGCGCUACCCAAAGUUGGCGGUGCUAAACCUGAGCUUCCCAAGCCAAGUGCGCCUGCCAGCAAGCCAGAGCUACCAAAGGCCGGUUCACCUGCCUCAAAGCCUGACUUGCCUAAGCCCGCUGUGCCUGCUACGAAGCCUGAACUACCUAAAGCAGAACUCUCUUCAAAGUCAGAAAUCACGAAACCUGGACUACCUGCCAAGCCAGAUCUUUCGAAACCUGUAUUGGGAGCGAAGCCAGACCUUCCGAAGCCUAAAGUAGGAGCCAAGCCAGAACUCCCGAAACCUGCACUCGGAGCAAAGCCCGAACUUCCGAAGCCAGGGGGCGUAGGCGCGAAACCAGACCCUCCAAAACCUGGAGCUGCAGACGCUAAAAAGACUGAGCCUCCGAAGCCAGGUGCCCCGCUUGGUAAGACAGAAGGAACUAAGGCUGCGGAACCUCCAAAACCAGGUCUUCCAAAACCGGGAGCUGCUGCAGAGAAACCAGGACCUCCAAAGCCCCCUGAGGCAGCUCCAGGCGCAACAGGAAAGGUGACAGGGGCGAAGGCAGAUCUAAGCAAGCCAGGACUCCCCAAUCCCAAGUCCGCCUCACCUUCGGCUGGGCCUGCAGGUAAACUCGGCCCGCCAAAGCCAGCAGACGAAAGCCCUGGACCUAAGGGAACUCCUGCUGCCCCUACUAAAGCGGGAGACCCAACAGCGAAAGAUGCCAAAGCAGGUGGACCAGUAGCUCCUCCCGGGAAGGACGCCAAGCUGCCAAGUGUCCCUCCAGCCAAUGGUAAACCAGCUCUGCCUGCCAAAGGACCACUCUCAGCUAAGCCCGCAGUAGAGCCUCCUGGUGUGAAAGCAGAUGCAAAAAAGGCCCUUCCAAGCAAGGCAGGAGAAACACCUAAGCCUGUAUUGGGUGCCAAGCCAGAUUUGGCGAAGCCAUUGCUACCAAAGCCUGGCCUUGCAAAGCCUGAACUAGGAGCAAAGCCCGCCGUAGCCAAACCCACCCUAGCUGCGAAACCCGUAAUGGCCAAGCCAGACUUAGCCAAGCCAGUACUACCAGCCAAACCAGCGGAGGCUAAGCCAGCUUUAGCUGCUAAGCCUGGGCUAGCGAAGCCUGGCCUAGCCAAACCAGUAAUCCCGGCUAAGCCAAUGCUAGCUCUAGCAAAGGGGGCGCCAACAGCAAAGCCUGCUCUGGGUGCUAAGCCUGCACUCGCUCCUAAGCCUGGGUUGUCCAAACCAGGGCUGCCUCCUGCAAAGAAUGGCAUAGGGAAAGCUGCAUGA